AUGACUGAAAGCAAAAGUUCCCGAAAAGGACUCAAAAUUUGUUGUGGUAUAACAACAGUUGUUUUGAUAAUCUUUUUAAUUGUUUCUGUCACAUUGUUCUUCACUGUCUUUAAGCCUAAAAAACCCCAAAUCACUGCCCACCCUGCUAGUCUUGAAAACCUUGAGUUCCAAAUCUUCCCAUCUUUAAGUCUUAACGCGACAGUGGGGUUGGUUGUUACCAUUGACAACAAAAAUUAUGGAAGCUUUAGGUUCAAGAAUACAACAUCUACAGUCUAUUACCAUGGGACUUCUGUAGCUGAAGCUCCAAUUCCACAUGGAACAGUUCCAGCGCGCGGUAAGUUUAAUAUCCGCACUUAUGCAAAUUUCACUGCAGAUAAGUUGAUAUCGAGCCCCUUUUUGUGGGGCGAUUUGUUUGCUGGACGUUUGACCUUCACAUCAACAUCAACGCUGCAUGGUAAAUUAGAGGGUAUGCUUACUUUUGAUGAUAAACAUGUGAAAGGGUUUGUAGAGACUUCGUCUAAUUCUUUGUUAAAGCUAAUUUUUGGUUCAAAAUAG